AUGCUCCACGAAGACGCGGCAACAUAUCGAGGAGACGCGGCAAAUCGAUUACGACGCAAAUGGUGGGACGCGUCUCAACUAAAAUCGGCCGUCCUCCCGUUGGCCUUCAGGCAACUUGCAAGCACAGCCUUUGCGCCCCUGAUGGCAUGCCUGCCUCUCCUACUCCACGCGCUGGCUCAGCCUAGGGUUCGAAUCCCAAGCGCCGGCGUUCAGGUCAUCAAUGCGAAGACUGGUGGCCAGCUCUCCUGCCUGGUCGAAGGACAAGACGAAGACACCGUGAGGGCAGAGAUCACAGAUCCGUCUCUGGGCAGGGUACUGCGCCGGAUUGUCACACAAUGCUGCAAGCCCAACGUAGCCGGAAGUGGCGCUUGCGUGCGCGUUUACAACAGGGGCCGCUCCUGCACAUCCGGCAAGCCACCUGCAGAGCCAAUCACCAAGCGCACGUACGCUGAGGCGGUCGCCGCUUGUGCAGAGAUUGGGAGGAAUGAAGAAGGAGUGCCGUUCACUCUCUGCAAUCAGACAACCUGUUCGGGCAAAGGCUGCCUGUACGACAGUUAUCCGCUCUACUCGUCUCGCCCGUGCCUUGGGCGCACCCCGCCCCUUCCUCCUCCGUCAGCAACCCAAGAUUUAUACCGCUCUCCGUCACCACCGCCACCGCCGUCACCAGUCAUCCGGUCGCCAAGCGACGCUGAGCAGAUGUCUGCGUCCGUGCCCUACCCGCCCGCGCGCCCGCCCUAUCCGCCCCUCGACUACGUCCAAUCGGUGCUGAGGCAAUUUUCAGACGAGCUGGAGAGAAUCCGCUCGACCAUCGCGGGCACGGCCGCAAUCGAGAUGGAGAUUGCGCGGAAGGAACAGGAGGCGGCGGAGGCGCAGGCGCAGGCGGCAGAGGCCAGCGCUGAGGCGGCGGCUCUGAAGACGAGGCUUGCGCUAGAGCUUGGGUCGAGGAUGCAGGCCCCUCCGCCUCCUCCGCUGCCGUGCGUCUUCGACGUAUGCCCCGGCGAGCUCCAUGACCUGAUGAUGGAGUUCGCAUACACCAUGUACCGCCGAGACGACAGGGGAGAUGUCGCGUCCAGCAUGAUGCUGUUUCGGGCAGAGGUUGUCCGGAAGCUAAACAUCGAGGGGAAGACCUACGACGACAUCAUUGCCGGCGCGAACGUCACCUUCUCUCCUCGCGCCAGGUACAGCCUGAGCUCAAAGUUGGACGGCGCGUUCGAACAACUCGUCAAACAGCUGUCAAUCAGUGCGAGGAUGAAGGACACCCUCGUGAACUUUGUGGACGUCAGCACUACAAUUGAGUCCGCGAAAUUCCUCCAAGGCGCGGGGGCCCUGAAGCAGGCCUGGACAAGAGACGAAUUCACGCGCGCCUUUGCCGAGAUGAUCGUCGACGUUGCGAUCAGCUCGCGAGCCUUCUGGUUCAAGCCGGCGGUACGAAUCAGCGAGGACGCGAAGUCGGUAAUCAAGGCGGAUAUCAGCGGGGCAGUCAUUGGCGGCACCUGGGGCGCCGUCACCGGCUCCUUUGCGGGCGGGAUCGGCGCUCUACCAGGCGGGCUGCUUGGAGGGAUGAUCAGCGCAACGUACGGCUCUGCGGCAGCAGGCCUCUGGUCGCUGUGGUGA